AACCGAACCGAACCCGAGGCAGCGGGCACUGCCGCCACCGGGCAGAGAGGCGGCUGUGAGGGCGGCGGGGAGGGGUUGGGGGGGGGGGAAGCUCCCCGCCCGCCUCUCUGCCGGGCAGCCCGGAGGAUGAGCUGGUUUAAUGCCUCGCAGCUCUCCAGCUUCGCCAAACAAGCGCUGUCGCAGGCCCAGAAAUCCAUCGACAGGGUGCUGGACAUCCAGGCCGAGGAGAGUCCCUGGCCCGACGCCGUCAUCCCCGACUACGGCGAUGGAACAAAUUCCCUCAUAAGUGGAGGAUGGGAUACAUCUUCCUGGGGCUUAAGCUCAACUACAGAACCACAGAACCAGCCAGCAUCUCCAACAGCAAUCACUAAGCCAGUGAGGAGGACAGUAGUAGAUGAAUCUGAAAACUUCUUCAGUGCCUUUCUCUCCCCGACAGACGUGCAGAGUAUACAGAAAAACCCAGUGGUGUCCAAACCUCCAGCCAAAUCCCAGCGCCCCAAGGAGGAGGUGAAAAGCACUUUAGAGGAGUCUCCACACCCCAGUCAGCUGGAAGUAGCAGUGACAACAGAGGCUGAAGUGAAGGAUCCCUCUGGAACUGGCCUAGUGGACUUAAAAACCCUUGAAGAGGAGAAACCAGAAGGGAAUUCUGUGCUUAACUCUGAUGCUGAGCAUGAGGAAAACACAAAUGAAAUUACUGACAAAAAGGUGUCUGCUCUAAAUUUGGAAGUACCUGAAGAUGCUCUUCAUGAAAAAUCCAGCUCAGGAGGGGAGGGAGGGGGAAGUGCAGCAGAUGGCACCUCACAGCCUCUCAAUGCAGGCACAAAAGACAUGGGUCUGGAAACAAAGGAGCGAAAGACUGAGGACAGGCAAAGCAAUACUCCAUCCCCUCCAAUUAGCACUUUCUCCUCUGGGACAUCUACAACGAGUGAUAUUGAAGUUCUGGACCAUGAAAGUGUAAUAAGUGAGAGCUCAGUGAGUUCCAGGCAAGAAGCUGCUGAUUCCAAAUCCAGUCUCCAUCUCAUGCAAACCUCGUUUCAGCUUUUGUCUACAUCUGCCUGUGCAGAUUACAGUCGUUUAGAUGACUUUCAGAAAAUGACUGAGAGCUGCUGCUCCUCUGAUGCUUUUGAAAGAAUUGACUCAUUCAGUGUGCAGUCUUUAGACAGUAGAAGUGUAAGUGAAAUAAAUUCAGAUGAUGAGUUAUCAGGCAGGGCUCCUGCUUCAGCAUCUGUUGCUGUCACUCCUUCUGCACCGAAGACAGAAACGAGUGAUGCUCUGAAAAAUAAACCUGAAAACUUGAGUGAUGCUCCUGUUGUACCUGCUGAGGAAGCUGAGAUGGAAGAGAGUGGGAGAAGUGCAACCCCUGUUAAUUCUGAGCAGCCAGAUGUUUUGGUUGCUACUGUGCAAACUGUGGAAGAGCAGAUUGUGAGAGAAGAGACUGAGCCACAGGAGGAUGCUGUUGAAAAAUUGUUAGAAGAGGACACUGAAAAGCACGAGCUUAAAAAGAUGAUUGAUUCAUUAACUGAGAAACUGGAGAAGAGGGAAAUACAGUUAUUGAGCACUAGUAAAGAAAAGGCCCGUCUGGAGGAAGCUUAUGAUAACCUGAAAGAUGAAAUGUUCAGAAUGAAAGAAGAGAGCAGUAGCCUUUCCUCUCUCAAAGAGGAGUUUGCUCAGAGAAUUGCAGAUGCUGAGAAGAAGCUCCAGUUAGCCUGCAAGGAUAGAGAUGCAGCCAAAAAGGAGGUAAAAACUGUUAAAGAAGAAUUGGCUAGUCGGCUUAAUACAAGUGAAACUACUGAAUUACUGAAAGAGAAAGAAGAGCAAAUCAAAGGAUUAAUGGAGGAAGGAGAAAAGCUUUCCAAACAGCAGCUGCAUAAUUCCAACAUUAUUAAGAAAUUAAGAGCCAAGGAGAAAGAGAGAGAAAAUAUUAACACAAAACAGAGCAAAAAGAUAAAGGAAUUGGAAGAGGAGUUGCAGCAUUUAAAACAGGUGCUUGAUGGGAAGGAAGACCUUGAGAAGCAGCAUCGAGACAGCAUUAAACAACUGAACAGUGUUGUGGAGAGACAAGAAAAGGAUCUUGCUAAACUUCAGGCAGAAGUGGAAGACCUUGAAGAAAGGAACAGAAGUGUCCAGGCAGCACUUGACAGUGCAUACAAAGAGCUUGCAGAUCUUCAUAAAGCUAAUGCUACCAAGGACAGUGAGGCACAAGAAGCAGCUCUCAGCUGGGAAAUGAAGGCAAAGGAGGAGCUUGGGUUGGCUCUGGAGAAGGCCCAGGAGGAGGCACGGCAGCAACAAGAAGCUUUGGCAAUUCAGGUGGCAGACCUGAGGCUUGCACUGCAGCGUGCAGAGCAGCAGGCAGCAAGAAAAGAAGACUAUUUACGCCAGGAAAUCGGAGAACUGCAACAGAGACUCCAAGAAGCAGAGAACCGGAACCAAGAGCUGAGUCAAAGUGUUACAUCUGCUACACGGCCACUUCUCAGGCAGAUAGAAAACUUGCAAGCCACACUGGGAGCACAAACCUCCACUUGGGAAAAGUUGGAAAAGAACCUUUCUGACAGACUUGGUGAGUCACAAACUCUUCUAGCAGCAGCUGCUGAGAGAGAACGAGCUGCUACAGAAGAACUUCUUGCUAAUAAAAUCCAGAUGUCUUCCACUGAAUCUCAGAACAGUCUUUUAAGGCAAGAAAAUACACGACUUCAGGCUCAGCUAGAAGUGGAGAGAAACAGAGUGAAAAAAAUGGAAAAUGAGAACAGCAGGUAUGAGAUUGAACUAGAAGGGCUCAAAGAUGAGUAUGCAAAAACCUUGGAAGAUGCAAAGAAGGAGAAGACAUUGCUAGCUACCCAGUUAGAGAUGGAAAAGAUGAAAGUUGAACAGGAAAGGAAGAAGGCAAUUUUUGUGCAAGAAGCAGCAAAGGAGAAGGAUCGGAAAUCAUUUACAAUUGAAACUGUUUCAAGUACUCCAACCAUGUCCCGUUCUAGUUCCAUAAGUGGAGUUGAUAUGGCAGGUCUUCAGACUUCUUUCCUCUCACAGGAUGAUCCUCAUGAUCACUCAUUUGGACCAGUAGCUACCAGUGGGAGCAAUCUUUAUGAUGCCAUAAGGAUGGGAGCAGGCUCAAGUAUAAUUGAAAACCUUCAGUCCCAGCUAAAACUAAGAGAAGGAGAGAUUUCACAUCUGCAGGUGGAAAUUGGAAAUCUUGAGAAAACUCGAUCGAUAAUGGCAGAAGAACUGGUUAAAUUAACAAAUCAAAAUGAUGAACUUGAAGAAAAAGUGAAGGAAAUACCCAAACUACGUGCACAGUUAAAGGAUUUGGAUCAGAGAUACAAUACAAUUCUUCAGAUGUAUGGAGAGAAAGCAGAGGAAGCUGAAGAACUCCGACUGGACCUUGAAGAUGUAAAAAACAUGUACAAGACUCAGAUAGAUGAACUUUUAAAACAAAGACAGAAUUAACUCCUGCUGGAACUCUCUAGCAGUAUAUGAUAACAGAUUGUAAAGAUAAUGGUGUAUGUAAAUGCUGAAUUUAAAUGUCUUGUAAAAAGAUAACUGUAUAAUAGUGACUAUAUGAUAGAGUUCAUAUGUUGACAAAAAAAAUCAAUGCUUUAUGUGUCUUGUACUGUCUGCAGUUAAAUUAUUUGUGCAAUAUUUAAUUUCUUUUCUGUCAUCACUUUAUUUUUGCUAAAGGAUGGACCAUUUUACUUGUAAAAAAGAAGCAGAAGGGGUGAUGGUUACCUCAUGAGACAGCACUGGAAGGCAUGAGUUUUACUAAAGUAGCCCUUGAUUCAUUGACUCUAUAUACCUAUGAAAAUGACAUCAGAAGUCUUUAAGUGUUCUUAAUAUGAGUUUUUCUAAAAUCUCAGCAGUUAAUUUUUAAAGAAAAAAUAGUGGCUUGCUCUCUGAAGCAUCAUGGGUGGGUAUUUUUAUGGCAGCAAAAUCCCAUAUUUUAUACUUGCAACAUCUGAACAUGUUAGGAUGAUAAUUCUCUGCUCUUGGAUAAAUCACAUUAACUUGAGUAUUUUAUACCAAGUCCUCUAAAGCAGAGUGUGAAGCUUAGAUAAAUUCCAGCUGCUUCUUCUAUAUUGCUUCUGUUGUCUCAUGAGCUGUCUAGAGCCAGCAGCUCUGCUUGUAAUUCUAAAUGUGUUUAAUUUCAAACACCAGGAAUCUGAACUAAGCAAUGUUCUGUGGUUGGAUGCUGAUUUUUAGCAGUAGCUAAAACAGUUCAGAAGAAUGCAGAUAAUUUUUUGUGAUUACUAAUUGCUGCUACUCUCAUGGUUCCUUUUUCUAUAACUAGCAAGGUUGAGUUUUUUUGCAGAAUUGUACUGUGACUUAAUAUAGUUCUCAAGCAAAUCUCCAGUGGCUGCAAAGUAUUUCUCAUGACAUUUCUUAAGCAAGGUAUUGGUCAAACAGCAUCCACGUGGUGUGACAUUUGGCCACGUUUUUAAUAAUGUUGGAGGAAACUUUUGAAUGGGACCCUUGGGAAUGCUGAGAAUUGAGGGAAGAAGCUUCCAUCUUCCUCUCUGCAUUCCAGACACCAAAUUUUUUGCUGCAUCUCAGAGCUGUAGCCAUGAGACAUGCCUGUGAAAUACAGUAGGAAUUCUUUGCUUUUCACACCAUUGCCUCUGUUGUGAGAGGUUUUUCCACAUCUGUGCACGUUGUGAUUUCUGUUGGAGAGCUCUGUUCCUACUUGUGUAUUUGGGGGCCUGAGAGAGACCCAGGGUGUGAACGAUGAGGAAUUGUUUCUGGAGAAAAGCUGCUCAGUGCUGUGAUUGUUCUGUGGGUGUUAGGGAUUUAUUCCUGAGUGGGAAAACAGUGAGUCACUCAAGUUACACAAGUAAGGGUAUGUUCAUGGAAGAGUGUAGUUCAGUUGGAGAGGCAGGAAGUUAUUCUGAGGAUUUCAAUAAAGCCAUACGUAGAGAAAGAACACUAAAAUUGUCUGAACACCACCUCUGUCAUAGAAACUUUAUCUGCUUUAAUAAAAUAAAAGACUUUUUAAAUUUU